AACCAGCAUCCCGAAGUCUCAUCACAUUCGUUUUUAACCACGAGUUCCCUUAAGCUUUUACAUUUAGCCAUCUUUAUGGGUGGUCGUUGAAGGUGUUUCUGAUUAUCAUGUGUCAUGCCAUAUAAUCUCGUGUUUCCCUUAUGCUGAUAUAUAUAUAUGUUACUGCAUCUACGUAAUAUACUCGAGGUGUUGUGCUCAUCAAACAUAAAAACCAUCUUGUGGGUGGGUUUUUGAGGAUUGCACAUGUAAUCAGCACCACGUCAAUCAUCAUCAUCAUCAUCGUCAUCACCAUGCUGUCUCACGUUAAGGAAGAGGAAAUGGGGGAAAAGGCAGUUACUUUCGAGAAGCCCGCCGAGAGGGAAGUGAAGCGUGAGAAAUGCCCACCACGGGCGAAAUUGCAUCAGAAGGCAGACAAAUGCCGCGAACUUGAAGAAGUAAGCAAGCAAUCCUUGCGUCCGGAAAUGUACGAAGUGAAGAUGAGGAAGAAACGAGGCAGAAAUCCUGGCCUGGGAUCCAAAUAUUGUGAAACUGAUCAGGGUGUGGAAAAGUCUCCGUCAUCAGCAGCAUCGAAAUCCAGCAUGAUCCGGACUUUGGUGUCCGAAAAUAAGGAAGCGACUUCCGAUGCUCCUGCUGCAUAUCAUGAAAACUCGUUUGCAAGGACCACGUCGGAAAAUGAGAAACACGCUAUUGAGGAGGAGAAGGAGAACAAGAAACAGCUCAGUGAAAAUGAGGAACCGACUAAUAUCGACCGUGAUGAUGUGGGAAAGUUGAGUGUUGCCAACCAGACGUCGAGGGGUCAAUUGACGGAUAUCAAUAACACGACGGAUGCUGGACCCCAGUUCUCCUGUGCCUCGCAAACGUCGAAUCCGCACCUAGUUGUUGGACUCGCUCGUCAACCAUCAUCAUCAUCAGUAGUAGCAGCAGCACCACCAGCACCAGACUCUGCUGUUGAUGCGCAUUCCAUCAAUAAUAAUAACAAGGGACAUCUCGUCUUAGGCUUCACUCAGGCAGUCGCCAGACGGGCCCUGUCAGCACUGCUGCCCAUCAGCAGUAAACUGCAUCAGCAUCGCAGCAACAACAAUAAGGAUCGACGACAGACUUGUCCCAGUGGUGUCGACGACGAAGGCAGCAGCAGCAGAGGCCGCAAUGAUGUUAAGAAUAAUAAUAAUAAUAAUGCCCGUGAUGACAACAAAAACAAGAAGGAUGACGCGGGAGGGGGAGGAGUCCUCAUCGCCACGCCCACUCAUCCUAAGCAACAUCACCAGCUUGCAUCCGCAGUUCCAUCUUUGGCUCCUCCUCCUCAUGGUCCUGAUCCUGCUGCUGCUGCUGCUAUUGCUGCUACUGGUGCUGACACCCAUCAUCAUCAGCUGCAGCACGAACACGACUUCUUCUCCUUCCACCUCCAUCAGCUACACCAUCGCCAGCAGCAGCACGAGGAUUGCAUGACGACUCUGUUGACGUCGACGGAACCUCGUCACGAUAACGCCGCCCACCAACGACAACAACAGGAAGCGAGUCCUUAUUUUUGGCAUGAACGCAAGCAGCAGCAGCAGCAGCGACCCUGGAAGCACCCAGUCAGGUCCACCUUUGCGAAACUCCGGCGCUCUUUACGGAGCUUUUCCGCAGCAGCAUCAGGCAGACGUGGUGUCGUCGUCGUCAGGAAGCGAACCAGAGACGAGCCCGACUUGAUGAUGAUGAGCCCAACUGCACGUUUCGACGAGGCCGAUGAGCACCUGUUACUUGAAACAGCACAUCAUCAUCAGAGACGUCGAAGAGCGAGGAAGACGAGAAGUCAGAGAAACAGUCUGUCCUCUUACUUGGGAAGGACGAAAGCUGCGCUGCUUGCUCCGUCCGGUUCUUCCUCGUGUUCACUAGAGGUCGCUCCUGCUGGGAGAAGACGAAGUUGUCCAUUGCGCAACCACGACGACGACAUCAGCAGCACCAGGGCCUUGUUCUUGUGUUCGAAGGGCCAGCAGGUGUCCAAGAGUUGCGCAGAUUAUUUCCAGCAGCAGCAGCAGUCAUCUCCUGCUAUUGCUGACAAUCAGCACUCGUCCCUGACUGUUUUUAGAUAUUUUCGCGGAACACGAGGACGAGACGCGAAUGAGGUGUCGGUGGUUGGGUCGACGUCUCAUGCCUUCCUGAGCCCUCAUCGUCAGCAUCAGCAUCAACAUCAACAGAAGUUGGGCCUAGUGUCCUGUAACCUUCACCACCAGGACCAGCAGUAUCUGCAGCAAUACUCCCUGUCCAGCAAGAGCAACUCCCAGCUGUGGGUCACAGAGCGCAAGAGCAGCAUUGCCAUGAUGGAGUCACACCAUCUCCACCGUCGCUCUGUGCAGCAGCAUCAUCAUCAGCAGGGUCCUUACCGGGCGGCCGACCUGCGUCGUCGCAGCAUGCUGGACAACAAUGAACAGCAACACCAGCCCACGACUGCUUCGUCGACGACGGGCAGCCGAAGCAACAAGGCCCGUCCCCUGUUCACCACCAUCACCUCCACCACUAAUACGACGAAAGGAAACCAUCUUGUCGGUGGCAAAGAAGAUCAUCAACCCCACAGCCUCUGCAUCAGCAGCAGUGGCAUGAGUAAGGAGCCCCUGGCGUUGCUCCACGACCCCGAACGACGGGCCUCGUUCAGCUUGCUACUCGAGACUUAUUUGAAGAAAAGCGGUCGAAAAAACAGCAACGACGACAAUAAGACGACGCCGAAUGCAGCAGACAGAAGCACCGACUCGAAAAGUUACAGUGAUGGAGGCUGCUCUUUGAAUGCUGCGAAAGCCCGGGUGAUGGACGAACCAAAGACAGCGACUACGACGACAACGACCACAAGAAGAACAAAAGCAACAGCAGAAGACGCUAUGAUGAUGCUAGCUAGUCAUGAUCGGAGGCACUUUUGGCUGGAAAAGGACCGCGAGCAGGUGAUGAGUUUCAGCCAGGCUCGCAAGUUGAAUGGGCGGCAUCAUCAGGCACAAUCACCCACAACACGGGCGGCACUGGUGCCCACGCUGAAAGCAUUAGGUGCAGUAAUGGUCAAGGACAGAAGCCGUAGUGGCAGUAGGAGCACUGACCACAGCACCAAGAAUCUGAGCAAAGCACAGAGUCCUGCUGCACUCGUCAUCAGCAGUCGGAAGGCAAGUGCGGCUCGAGUUGUCGAGAGGAUGCUGCAGCAGCGAGUCAUGCGGGUUCAGGAGCAGGAUGAUGAUGCGUCGCAGGAAGAGGGCAAGGUUCACGUGUCCAGGGACCGGAGUGGUGCUGCUGCUGCUGCUGAUGAUCAUCAUCAGCAGCUUCGCAGCAACAGAAUGAAAAAGUUGUCGUCAGCAUCAAACAAUGGUGGCUGCUCUGCUGCCGGCGGCGGCCAAGGCCACAGCACCACCACCACCAACUGCACCAGCAGCAGGGUGGCGUCGGAAGUGCGGCGACAUUGGCGUGACACGGUGGAGCAGAGCGUGUUGGGACGACCACGACGAGGACGACAGUCUUCGCAGGAUUCGACGACCAAUUCCGACGAGCUGCGCAUGGAGUACAUCAUGGUGGCUGAUCGACUGCAGGUGAGCCAGCAGACGAGCAGCACCAGCAGCAACAACCCCUUGGGCAUUCCCAGCACCUCCAACUCGUCAUCGUCGACAGCUACCUCUAGCGGCAGCAGCAGCAGCAGCAACAACACCACAACGGCGAUGACGAUGAUCAGCUCACACACUGACAAGGACGAGGACCAGCAUUCAAUGCUCAGGGCUGCCGGCGAUGCGUCCAUCACAAAUACAAACACCAACAGCACCAGCAGCAGUCAGCAGGUCGUCGUUGCUGGUGAUGGCGGCGUCCGUGUUGCAAUUCCUGCCGACAGCGGGGACAGUCAUCGUUGCGAAGAGGCUGCCAGCAACACCGAUCAUAAUAAAGAGAAUGUAGAAAAAGAGCAGGACGAUGCGAAUUCCAAUGUUCCGAAAGAGCGUCGACAAGCCGGGCGAAAACACAACAAGAGGAGGAUGUUGUUGCUGAAGACGAAGCGAGUCGCCAGGAACGCUGCACCGACGCCAGACACCGUCACCAUCACCAGCAGUGCUGGGUCCACUUCUACUGCUGCUGGGUCGGUGGGUCGGGCCAAGUCUGAUUCCCUGCUGGCCGUGCACAAGAAGCGACUGCUGUCCAAGAACCCUCGAGCAGCCACAUCAACGGUGAUUGCCAAUAACACCAUCAGACUGAAAGCAGCAGCUGAAGAUGAUGAGGAGGAGGCUACUACUGCUGGACGACAGAGCAGCAAGAUGGCCGACUUGAGACUGGCUGAGGGCGAGUUGCUGGCACUCGAGCACAAGUUGAAGAACUCGCUCAAGGAAUGUGUCGAGAUUCGCAAGGACCUGAGCCCUCGGGCCGUGGACCACACUGCCAUUGCCUUCACUCACUUGCCCAUUGUCGUCGACCUGCUCGACAUUGGCGACUUUCUGCUCGACUCCAUCUUGUCUCGUCCGGACGACGACGACGAUGCUGGAGGAGGCGGAGACGACGGUGCUCCUGGUCAUCACAAUCGGUGGCUGAGCCAGGACUCGGUGACUCGCGCCAUGAUCAAGACACUCGACGCCAUUUGCUUCGUGCUGCAGCAGGCCACUUUGCGGCCCCUGCUGCUGCUCAUUCACUGGCUGCAGCGUGUGUUCGAGUCUGUCAAGGACUCGCAGGUGGCUGCCCGACUGCUCGACUGGAAGCGGAAGCUGCUCGAGGGCGCCUAUGCCGUCGUGUGUCGCGGCGCCGCGGGCUGGCACGAGCUCAAGUGCGCCAGCGUGGAGGCGGCGCAGGGCCUGGGUCGGGCCAGUGCCGACAUCUCGCGGCGCCUGCACAAGGCGGGUCUCUUGCCACCACCACCAUCAUCACCGACGUCAUCAUCGUCUGCAACUCGUCACCAUGAUGACGAAGAAGACGACGCCGCCAUUUCGAAGCGCAUCAACUCCUUCAAGGAGAACAUGAUGCGGAUGCUGCAGCCCAUCCUGGAGGACGAGGACGAGGACGGCCACAUCCUGGGGCACCGUGAUGACGACGACCUCUACCCGGACAGUCUCGAGUCGGCCUUCACCAUCAACAACAAGAGCCGAGACGAGAAGAGGAGCAGCAUCAAUAACAGUCGGCAUUUGCUGACCGAGGACGGCUUCACGCCCACGGCGGUGCAAGUGCCUGCUGCUGCUGCUGCUGUAGGCAUCAUCGCUCGAGGCGGCGGCGAAGACGAUGCGAGAAUGAACGCCGUCACGUUGGCGGCGGCGGCGGCGGCAUCAUCAUCCUUGAGCAGCACUGCCGCCACCAGGAGCAGCAGCAAGACAUCACCAAUGACGAUGAGCAAGGCGUCCUUUGCGUAUCGGGUCUGUGCUGCUGCUGAUGAGGAGACGACGACGAUGAGAGGCGUCAUCAUGAUGUCGUCGCCGUCUUCGUCAUCGGUACUCGUCACGCCCAGUGGCUGACGCUCAACAGUCGUCAUUCGUGAUCAUCGUCUCAUCAUUUUCACGACCGCCGCCAGCUGCAGCAGGAGUGAUGUGGUGGUGGUGGUGGUCUUUCUUGUUGUAGUUGUUGUCCUUUUCUCGUUCGUUGCUGCUCGUCCUUUCCCGACGACCGUUUCUCUUUGCCCUUUUCUCGUGCUGUCUUCUCGUCUGCUGCUGCUGCUGCUGCUGUCUAUUGUCCCUGUUGUUCUGGAGGAAAUGUCUGCUGAUGACCCCGACCACAUCGUCGUCAUCAUCGCCUGCUGUACCAGCAUGUCCUUGCGCAAUAUUUGGACUGCAACCACCUCUGCUGAUGCUGCAUCAUGCCACCCUUUGCCAAAGAGGAUGAGCAAUAAACUGUGUCCAAUUGAUGUUUUAUUCCUACUCAGAAGGGGAAAUAAAUGUGUCUUUGACAAAAAAGAA